AUGAAAAACUCAAGUGAACCUCACGCCCGGUUCUACGCUGCUCAGAUCAUCCUGACUUUUGAGUAUCUGCACUCGCUGGAUGUCAUCUACCGAAACCUGAAGCCAGAGCAUCUCCUGAUAGACCAGCAGGGCUACAUCAAGGUGACGGAUUUUGGUCUUGCCAAGUGGGUGAAAGGCCGAACCUGGACUGUGUGUGGGACCCCGGAAUACCUGGCCCCCGAGAUCAUCCUCAGCAAGGGUUAUAACAAAGCUGUAAACUGGUGGGCCCUGGGCGUCCUCAUCUACGAGUUGGUGGCUGGUUACCCCCUGUUCUUUGCGAUACAGCCCAAUCGGAUCUACGAGAAGAUCAUCUCUGGCAAGAUAUGUGGGCUGGGGGAGGGGACACUUUUCCGGUUCCCGUCUCACUUCAGCUCGAAGCUGAGGGACCUGCUCCGGAACCUGCUGCAGGUGGACCUCACCAAACGCUUUGGCAACCUCGAGAACGGGGUCAACGACAUCAAGAACCACAAGUGGUUUGCUACUACUGACUGGAUCGCCAUCUACCAGAGGAAGGUGGAAGCUCCCUUUAUACCAGAGUGUAAAGGCCCGGACGACACGAGUAACUUCAGUGACUAUGAGGAAAAGGAGAUUCGUGUCUCGAUCACUGAGGAGUGCGUCAGGGAGUUUGCUGAGUUCUAG